CGGCCACGUUAAUCCACCAUCGCCGCUUAGGUUUCUCCCGUUCUAGACAGUGUAGACUGAAGCAAAAAUGGAGCACAGCAAGAAGAAGCUCAUCAUUCUACUCUCAAUGGCAUCCGUCGCAGCUCUCUCAAUCAUCUUCCGAAGACGCCAUCAGAAGAAGAACCGCCGCGCCGCUCGCUGUUACUUACACACCGAUCCUAAGCCUCAGUACACUUUCAAGCGCGUCUUAGCUGAUAAUUCCUACUCUCCGUUCAACCACCUGAACCUUGACGGUCUUGAACAGAAAUCGCAACCAUAUGAAGCGGAUAUCAUGGCAUUAGUCGAUAAUCCGUCGGUUGAGUUUAAGUUUUUGGAAGGCGUCGAUGUAGACUUGGAAAUGAGUGAUUCUUAUGUUUGGGUUGAUACCGAGUCGCAAUUGACUCAACUAGCUGAUCCUUUCUAGGUUUUACGGCUUUAAUACAGGUUGUUGUGUACUGAUGUUAACUAUUUAGAUGGAAAUCUUUCAUGUUUCUGUUUUGGUUGGAAUAGCAGACUUCUAGUAAGAAGGAUGAUUAUUUGGUGGAUACAAUUGCAUUACAUGAUUCAAUGACUAUUCUUCAUCCAGUAUUUGCUGAUCCUAAUAUUUGCAAGGUGCCAUUCAAAAUGUUUGUUAGUUUGAAUUUUUUUCUUUUUCUGGUCUCAAGUAAAUCUAUAGCUGUUGUUGUCAUUUUCAUUUUUGAGUUAGUUUUUCUUUUUUUCUGUUUUGUUGCAAAGAAUAGAAUAAGAGCAGCAUGUUUGUUGCAGUAUCUCUAGUUUACUUCAAAAGAGUGAUUCUUUUCUUGUUAUCUCCAGUCUGUUUUUUCUGUGAUUGUUUAGGUGUUCCAUGGGGCUGAUGGCAAUGUUGUUUGGUUGCAAAGAGACUUCCACUUGUAAGUUGUUAACCUCUUUGACACUGCAAAGAAUAUUCAUCUUGCCACGAUGACAAGUUCCAUUUUGUUCUGGAGGCUAGCCGACGUUCAAACAUGAUCUGUCUGCAACUCUAUACAAAAGAUAUUGAAGAUUCUCCUGUGGAGUCUACAGCAUCAUCAAUACUUUCUCGCCAGUUGAACGGUCAAGGAGGUGGUCUAAUAUCAAAUGAAACCAAGUUUCAGGAUAUUGUAAGAUAAUUGUGUGCAUGGAGAGACUUAAUGGUAAGUGGCUUAGUCAUAGCCUUAAGCGAGCUAAUGAUUUUAGUAUAUACAACGGAAAAAUGAUUUAAGGAUAAUUUUUUUGUAUUAUUUUUUUUGUUAUUAAAAUAAUUUUUUUAUU